AGCUAAUAAGAUCUCCCCUUGAUCCUGUUUCUGCCAUCGCGGUUCUUCCGGAUUCCUCUCCGCAGUCACCAUGCCCACGCCUCCCGAGUCGCCCAGGCGCAAGGAAAUGCGCGUCGCGUUGCGCGCGCUCAUCAACCAGGUUAUUCCUGUCAAGCAACCCAGCAUCCCCCCCGGCAUGAUACCAGCCAUCCACUUCUCCCCCAUGGACCUGGACCUGGACGUGGAGUCAAGCUCCGGACCCAUCUUCUUCGCUCCGUAUCCGGCCACCUUGUUUCCGGAUCCCGAUGACAACUAUGACCGGGCAAUGGAAACCAAAUAUACCGACUUCGACUCGAUCUCGUUGGACUUCCGCGACCCGAUGACUUCCGCGCGUGCUAUUGAUCACUAUCUAUUAUCGUAUGCCUCCUAUUGCUCUAUGACCAAAUAUUGCAAGCCGGAGGACGACUCGUGGUCUACAGUCAGCCUCGAGGAAGUGCCCUUUGUAGGCCUGUACCAGUACAACUACCCGGAAUAUGGCUCCACCGGAGUCCUCCAGGUCCGGGACGGCAGCUCAACGCACCUCAAGGCCUUUAUCUAAAACAACCUGGAUGGCACCGACGAUCAACUUCUUCGGGGGGAGAUCAUGAUUGCCUUGCGCCUCAGCAUCGCGCAGCUACGUCGGGCCAAGUUCUUGGAGCAUAUGAUCGCGCCGGUAAACCCUUACCCUCCACCGAGGUGCUCUCUUUUUCUCUGUUAGGCUAACCACCUUUACUCGUAUUCAUUAGAUCCUCCUCU